AUGGAAAGAACUCUGGGAAUGCAUUGGUCAAUGGAGAAUGACUAUUUCACCUACAAGAUCAAUCCAAACGACAAGCCACUAACUCGGCGAGGAGUGUUGUCAGUAGUGGCUUCCAUCUAUGAUCCUUUGGGUAUGGUAGCACCUUUCACCUUGCCUGCUAAGCUGCUGUUACAAGACAUGUGCCGACAGCAGUUGGGAUGGGACGAGGAGAUGGAAACGGCUGAGGUGACACAAUGGAAGGCAUGGCUCAAUCAACUUCCCAAGCUGAUAAACUUCAAGGUGCCUAGAAGUUUUAUUCCCAUGUCCUUUGGCACUGUCAGGUCCUGUCAAUUACAUCAUUUUGCAGAUGCAAGUCAAGUUGGAUAUGGUAUUGCCUCAUACUUGAGGCUUGAAAGUGCCACUGGUGAAGUCUACUGCACUCUGGUAAUGGGAAGAUCAAGAGUAGCUCCAUUGAAAAGGAUGACCAUUCCAAGAUUAGAGUUAACUGCUGCGACUGUAGCAGCACGUAUGGAUCAAAAGCUACGCUCAGAACUGGACUUGAGAUUAGAAAAGUCUGUCUUCUGGACUGACAGUACUUCUGUAUUGAAGUAUUUAUUUAAUGAAAAGGCGAGAUAUCAAACAUUUGUGGCCAAUAGGGUGAAUCUCAUUCGUGAAUUAUCACCUAUUGAAGCUUGGAGGUAUGUAGAGACUCGGUCUAACCCAGAUUUAGCUUCAAGAGGAGUUGACAUGGACAGCUUCCUCGCCUCUUCAAUCUGGAUCACUGGGCCGACCUUUCUUAGUGAAAAUGAGAAAAUGUGGCCCAUACUACCAAAUGACGUCAAGAGAGGAACCUUAGAGGACGACCCAGAAGUAAAAUCACCACAAUUAGUCUGUGAAACAGUCAUCACAGCAAUGUCAUUCAUUGAGGAAAUUGCCAGUCGCUUCUCGAAUUGGAUGACAUUUGUGCACUGCAUUGCCUGGCUAAGACGCUUUCACAGAACUCUGACACAAAGACUCAAGUCUUCAGUGGAAGCUGACAUGACAAGAAAAUGUCUGUGCAUUGAAGAAGUAUAUGAAGCUGAGAACAACAUUUGGAGGCUUGUACAAAAGGACUCAUUUGGUGCUGAAAUUAAGAUACUCUCAGGCAGUGAAGAAGCUCAUGUACGGUCCUCUAGCAAGUUGGUUAAGCUAAAGCCUUGCCUGAAGGAUGGACUACUUAGAGUGAGAGGACGACUCAUCCACUCUCCUAGUAGUAUUGAUGUCAAACAUCCAAUAAUUCUGCCAAGUAAAUCCAUGGCUGUGAAAUUAAUGGUGCAGUGGAAGCAUAAUAACUUAGCACACAGUGGCCACAAUUAUCUUAUGGCUGAGUUACGCCAAAGGUUCUGGAUUAUACAUGGCAAUGCAGUGGUACGCUCUGUCAUCCGGAAUUGUGUGAGGUGCAGAUCUCUCAGUGCUCGGCCAAUGAUCCAAGAGAUGGCUGAUCUACCCGAAGACCGCAUCACAUCAAAUGUACCUCCCUUCACACACACUGGGACCGACUGUUUUGGGCCCUUCCUAGUUAAGAAAAGCAGGUCAAAUUUGAAACGUUAUGGAGUCAUAUUCACCUGCUUGGUGACUAGAGCCAUCCACAUAGAAGUGGUGGAGUCAAUGGAAACUGAUUUCUAUAUUAAUGCUUUUAGAAGGUUCAUUGCCAGGCGAGGCCCGGUCACCUCCAUCCGGUCUGACAAUGGGACAAAUCUUGUGGGAGCUGAGAAGGAGCUUCGCAAAGAACUUGAGAAAUUGAAGCACUCUGUGAUUGCAGAGGUCAUGUUGCUCAAGGGUGUCACAUGGCAGUUCAAUCCUCCUCAUGCUUCGCACUUUGGCGGAGUAUGGGAACGCCAGAUUCGCACAAUUCGACGAGUACUCCGUGGCCUGUGUCACCAGCAGGUCAUGACAGAUGACACUCUGCACACCCUAUUCUGUGAGGUAGAAGCUAUCAUAAAUGGCAGGCCAUUAACCAGGGUUACUGAUGAUCCUGAUGGUCCUCAACCACUAACACCCAACAUGCUGCUAACCCUGAAAGACCUCUUCUGGAAGAGGUGGACAAAGGAAUAUCUUCCACUUCUCCAGGAACGCCAGAAGUGGACCACGAGACAGCGUAACCUGAAGGUUGGAGAUAUUGUUCUGAGCCUAGACAACAAACUGCCCCGAGGUUCAUGGCCUUUGGGACGUGUGCUGGAAGUGAUAAGUGAUGCUGAUGGUCACGUGAGGAGUGCUCGCUUGAAAACUGCUAGUGGAGAGUACCUCAGACCAAUUAGCAAGAUGUGUCUUUUGCUAGAAAAUGAAAUAGAUUAUUUCUGGGAAGAGCUGGCAGUUAAAGUGUUAAAGAACUGUUUGAGUCAUAGUGAUAACCCCAAAGACUUCAGUGUAGUCUGGGAAAGAGCACUGGAGUUGGGCUUGUCACCUUGCAGAAUGUAA